AUUGAGCUCAAAGCCUAGCCCCUUCAAGGUAGUGGUUUGUUGGGCACGAAUAGGCUUGCAAAUCUCUUUCUUUCUUUCUUCUUCUUUUUAUUAUUUUGCUUUUCCUCUUCACUUAUGAAUUGGACUUGAGCAAUGGAGGGGACAACAGCUCUUUCAGGGGGAGCCCAGCCAUCUUGAGGGGUUCAGGCACCUUGAAGAGACUUUCAAGAACCUGGUGAAAGGAGGAUCCACACCUCUUGUGAACUUCCACUGACUACAUGACUGCGGAUUCGGGUUUUCCAGAGCCCUUAUCAUUUGAGUUUAACGAACCAGUUCUUCACUCUGCUUCCUUCAUGCCCUUCCCAGGGAUGACAACUGCCCUUGGCAUCUUUUCAGACCUGGAACUCUAUCUGUAUGAAAAUAGAUUAGCAUUCUUGAAGUAUAAUUAAGAAGGAACAUUACCUGCCAAAGGGCGAGAGAACCACUGCCUCGUACAGAUAUGGAGAUAGUCUGUCUGCUGCUGGAAAUGUCUCCAGAUUUUUGACAACGGCUAAAGAACCAUGGGGUCCAACGGGCUCGGGAAAGCGGCAACACUAGAUGAACUUCUCAGCACAUGCAUUGAGAUGUUUGAUGACAAUGGAGACCUGAACGACAGUUACUUGCCCAGAAUCGUGUUACUGAUGCACCGAUGGUAUUUAUCCUCCACUGAACUGGCAGGAAAACUCCUCUGCAUGUAUCGGAAUGCCAGUGGAGAAAGCUGUGAUGAGUUCCGACUGAAGAUCUGCUAUUUCAUGAGGUACUGGAUUCUGAAAUUUCCUGCAGAGUUUAAUUUGGAUCUUGGUUUGAUUCGCAUGACUGAGGAGUUCCGGGAAGUAGCUAGUCAACUAGGACAUGAAAAACACAUCAGCCUCAUGGACAUAUCUAGCGUUCCUUCCUAUGACUGGAUGAGGAGAGUCACACAGAGGAAAAAAGUAUCCAAAAGGGGAAAGGCCUGCCUCUUAUUUGACCAUCUGGAGCCCAUUGAGUUGGCGGAGCACCUCACUUUUCUGGAGCAUAAAUCUUUUAGAAGGAUCUCAUUCACAGAUUAUCAGAGCUAUGUCAUCCAUGGCUGUCUGGAGAAUAACCCGACAUUGGAGAGAUCUAUUGCUUUAUUUAAUGGAAUCUCUAAGUGGGUCCAGUUGAUGGUUCUUAGCAAACCAAGUGCGCAACAAAGGGCAGAAGUCAUCACAAAGUUCAUCAAUGUAGCCCAGAAACUCCUUCAACUAAAAAAUUUUAACACCUUGAUGGCAGUGGUUGGUGGCCUUAGUCACAGCUCCAUUUCCCGACUCAAAGACACCCAUUCUCACCUCUCUUCCGAAGUUACAAAGAACUGGAAUGAAAUGACAGAGUUGGUCUCCUCCAAUGGCAAUUACUGCAAUUACCGCAAAGCCUUUGCUGACUGUGAUGGCUUCAAAAUCCCCAUCCUUGGCGUGCACUUGAAAGACUUGAUAGCAGUCCAUGUCAUUUUCCCAGACUGGAUGGAGGAGAACAAAGUGAACGUUGUGAAAAUGCACCAGCUUUCUGUUACCCUGAGUGAACUGGUCUCCCUGCAGAAUGCCUCUCACCACUUGGAACCUAACAUGGAUUUGAUCAACCUACUCACUCUCUCUCUGGACCUCUACCACACAGAGGAUGAUAUUUACAAACUGUCACUGGUGUUGGAGCCUAGAAAUUCCAAAUCGCAGCCAACCUCCCCAACGACACCUAAUAAGCCUGUGGUACCUCUGGAGUGGGCUUCAGAAGUGGUACCAAAGCCAGACCCCACAAUCAUCAACAAACACAUAAGGAAGUUGGUUGAGUCUGUGUUUCGAAACUACGAUCAUGACCACGAUGGUUACAUCUCCCAAGAGGACUUUGAGAGCAUAGCUGCCAAUUUCCCCUUCCUGGAUUCCUUCUGCGUACUAGACAAAGAUCAGGACGGCCUAAUUAGCAAAGACGAAAUGAUGGCUUAUUUCCUGAGAGCUAAAUCUCAGCUACACUGCAAAAUGGGACCAGGCUUCAUCCAUAAUUUUCAGGAGAUGAACUAUCUCAAGCCGACCUUCUGCGAACACUGUGCGGGAUUUCUCUGGGGCAUAAUCAAACAAGGCUACAAGUGCAAAGACUGUGGAGCCAACUGCCACAAGCAGUGCAAAGACCUCUUGGUUCUGGCCUGCAGGAGACUUGCCAGGGCACCCUCCUUGAGCAGCAACCCCGGGUCACUGCCUGGAAGCCCAGCCUUGCCCCCAGUGCAGGAUGAGGUAUUUGAGUUUCCUGGGGUCACGGCUGGACACCGAGACCUGGACAGCAGAGCCAUUACCCUGGUUACAGGAUCUUCCCGGAAGAUCUCCGUGAGGCUGCAGAGAGCCACCACUAGUCAAGCCACCCAGACGGAACCUGUGUGGUCAGAGGCUGUCUGGGGAGACUCAGGGUCCCAUACCUUCCCCAAAAUGAAAUCCAAGUUCCAUGACAAAGCAGCAAAGGACAAGGGCUUUGCCAAGUGGGAAAACGAGAAGCCCACGGUACAAGCUGGUGUGGAUGUUGUAGAUCGAGGCACUGCAUUUGAACCUGACCAGGAUGAUGGGCAAGAUGAAGCCAAGCAGGGUGGUGAGGAUGGCUGAGGUCAAGCUUGGGAAACCAAAGGCAAUCAAGUCGGCUAUGAGGAGGAGAGAGAAGAGGCGCUCUGAAAGGCACGGUCUCUCUCAGAAGCGGUCUGGAAAAGAGAUUUGGAUAUGCUCACAGCCUCCAGUCAUCCUGGAAUCCCCAUGACUGGACUACGGGAUAGAGAAUUUACCCUGACUGAACUAUUUAUUUCCUGUACUCUGUCUGCCCCUGCUGAGGUGCCACGAAAACUACUUAAGCAGCUUCCCACAUCUCUCUAAAGCCAUUUGUAGCCAGGGGGAUGAAAGCUUUGGUGCACGUGCGUGGUUUUCUCUAAAAUCAAAACUUAGCUCUUUUGGACAAUAUUAUUUUUGUAAAGUGUGUGCGUGUGUGUAGGGGUGUCUCAAAAGAAGUUGAAUUUGAGCUCCUUUGUGUGUGCCUUUUAGAUGGGACCAGGACUUGAAGUUUUAUUGAGGGACAAAGACAUUCUUUAGACCCUGAAAGGCAGUGAACCCUCUGCUGCUGAUUGGCUGUAAGGAGUGUUUAUAGUGUCCUACCACACAGUGGCUGUGCUUGUAAUGCCAUGUGUGUGUAUCACCUAGGUCUCAAUCAAUCCUGGAUCACUAAGGGGAAUCAUAUCCCCAAAGCCCCCCUAAUACUCAUGCUAGAUAUGGUAAAAACAAACAAAACAAAACAAAACAAAUCAAAACAGCAUACACCUGGCCACCUAAUUGAGUUCCCCACUCUUUCUGAAGAUUCCCAAAAUAGAAUGUUAAUUAAGAAAGCAAAUCAAGUUCUGAGGGAUGAAAUUUAGUAGAAAGACCCACCAAAUUACUAGGUUAAAGAUAAACAACCAGUUUGGUAAGCUGAAAGUAAGCCUAUGAUUUUUAUUUUAGAUAAUUUCUAGAUGCAAAAGGUAACUUAAUUUCUUCCUAAUAAAUUCUCACCCAUAGUUAGAAAAACAUUUACAAUUCUCAUCUCUAGCUCUUCUUCUUCCCCACCCUUCCCCCCUUUCUCCAUGUGGCCAUGGCUGGCCACAGGGCUCUCUCUUCCAACCUUCUCUCUUCUUCUCUGCCUUUCUACAGUAAAGCUUUAAAACCAUGAAAAAAAAAUUCACAAAAGAAAAAAUGACCAUAAACUUCAACUAUGGAUUGAUAUUCCAUGUACACAUUUAAAAUAUUAAUAAUUUAAAUGUCUUUCUUUGAGUGUGUAUCUUUUGAAAUAGAGACGCCAGGCUGAUAUUCCAAUACCUAUAAUCUCUGCACUUGGGCCAUGAGAUAGGAGGACCCCAAGUCUGAGGUCAUCCUGGGCAAUUUAGCAAGAAUCUGUCUAAAAAAAAAAUGUAGGGGCUGGAGAGAUGGCUCAGCAGUUAAGAGCACUGGCUGCUCUUCUAGAGGUCCUGAGUUCAAUUCCUAGCAACCACAUGGCGGCUCACAACCAUCUAGGGAUCUGAUGCCCUCUCCUAGUAUGUCUGAAGACAGCUACAGUGCACUCAUAUACAUAAGUCUUUAAAAAGUAAUAAUCAAAAUAAAAGAAAAAUUGAGGUGAUUGAGUCUGUCAUUGAGGGAACCAUAUCAUAUCAAAUAACCAGUUAGGAAAUAUUCCAGGUGGGUACCAGGUGGGCUAACGUGUGUAUCCCAUGUAAAACUGACUAUGGUCUUAUUUGUGAAAGUCACUUCCAUACAGCUCAACUGCUAAUACUAUGCUCCUCCUUAGAAAUGGAGAGCAUGAGGCCAUAACUGCUAAGUGGUUCCAGUGUCUUAAGACAACCUUGGUAGAGGUGACACAAUGUGCCCCGAAGGUUCUGGAAUGGGGCAUGAUUCAGAUUGGGGAUACUAAACAAUAAGUGAUGUCUCUACUUGAAGGAGCCGUGAUUAACUAGAUGAGAACGAGAACUCAUUAAUGGUCGAGCGCCUCGGGCAGUGCUGUUGGAUCUAUGUAUAUAGACUGUUACUAUUCAUAAAUACAGCAGAGUACGUGUUAACGGAUUCAAAACAGAAACUGACAAGUCAAGUGCUGGCAAACCCUCUAAAAACACCCAGAAGGAAACCUUAGGGAAGGCUGGAGUCUUUGUAUUUCUUUUCAAAGGAAUUAUCUCACCUGCCAUUUGGUUUAUAUAUUUAUUAGUUUUCAUAUAUAGAAGGAAUUUUGUAUCUCUGGUCUUCCUAUGAUAAGGAAGACAAAAUGUACCUUCAAUGAAAAAUAAACAUACACAAAAAGAAA